GUGCAAAGAUGGUCAUGCCCGCAUGGUACAGGUUUUUCACCUUUUUUGUUUUUGUGGUGUCACCAAGCUCUGGCCAAGAUCCCUUCGCAGCUGUGGUAAUGCCACUCGUUUUUGAUGGCUACAUUGCUGCAGCCUCUGUCUUUCAUGAUCUAUUGAAUGCGACCCGCCUCAAUGUUACUGAGCGCUGUUUGGAGGAAACCACCAUUCUUCUGGAAGGUAUCAUAAGCAGGCAGAUAUGGGCGCUGAACGUUCUAGACUCUUUCGGAAAGCCACCAUCAGGUAUAAACGAGGGCAAGAAGGUAUGGCUUGGGUCGUACGACCAAUGCAGAGCAGCAAAGAUGAAUGACCGAAACAUAACGGAUGGCGCCCUGGUCGAAAAAUUGAAGCACCAGUAUUGCCUCGCUACUAUGACCUUCUCCAGCACGCCGGGGAGACCUAAAUUAGAGAUUGGCAUAUGUGUCCCAAGCAGUUGCACGAGAGAAGAUGCCAAAGUCUUGACUGGUGUCGGGAUAGCCUCAUUGGAGGGGAAGAACGUCUCCGACAACACCACUAUGAUAUUAUCGGAUGUCAAGUGUGCAAAGAACGUUCCUAUCUCCACGCCUGCAGUUAUUGUUAUAAUCAUUCUUUGCCUCUAUGGCAUCCUCAUGUUAAGCGCAACAUGCUACGACAUCAGAUUGACUCGCCAAAAGGAAGGUCGUGGAUGUUUGUGUUUUAAGGCCAGGAGAACCUCGAGCAUAGAAUUGAAAGAUCCGAUCAAAGAUGGCGGCAUAUCUCAGCUUGAUGGCGCUGCCGACAAUCAAGUAGAUGGUCAGAUGUGUGGGGGCAGCAAACCCGUACCGCUGAUUGCCCGCGCUGACGAAGGCAAAUAUGAGAUCGAUGAAAGUCCUGGACACGAAGAAAGAAUGACCCAAGAAAGUCAGGAUGGAUCACGAAGUCUACCCAGCAGGCUGUUGAUAGCUUUCUCCGCGUACACUAACGGAAAGAAGUUACUGAGCACUGACCAGCCGGACGAUACCCUCCCUGUCCUCCAUGGCAUCCGCUUCCUCAGUAUGACAUGGAUAAUAUCAGGCCAUGCACUUUUUUGGGUUUUAAUCACUGGUGGCUACGAUAAUUUCAAGGAAUUUUACGGAAUGAUGCUGACAGGAAAGUAUUUGGGACUCAUUUCUGGGAAAUUCGCGGUUGCCACAUUCUUCCUAUUAAGUGGUACUCUGUUAUCAUACCACUUUCUGCCUUUAAUGAGGGAACUUGGCGGACCGAGAAGAGUGAAUUGGUGCUACUAUUUCUUUCAUCGCUGGUGGAGAUUGACCCCAACGAUGUUCCUGGUGAUGGUCCCGUACAUCUAUCUCUUCCCAUACUGGGUAGAUGGACCAAUUUCCCUUCUGUUUGGGACCAAGGAUCAACCAGACCAGUGUAUGAACCAUAUAUCAUUGAUUUGGAAGAACUUUUUCUACCUAAGCAACUAUUUUUAUCAUGAUUCGUGUAUGGGCUGGACGUGGUACCUAGCUUGUGAAUGGCAUUUCUACUGUCUCGCGCCAGUUGUGCUAAUACUCUUUAACAGGAGCUGGAAGGCCGGGCUUGGUGCGGUCAUCUUCUGUGUAAUAAUGCAGUUCACGAGUACAGUUGCGGCUACUCUUGUGAGAAGUUACGUGUAUGGUUUGCCACAUGAGGAUGACAUCACCUACUUCUGGAGUGUGUUUCGGUUCGCAGAUUAUGCGAUUGGUCUUGGCCUAGGUUAUAUGUUAAGGGACGCGAAAGGACGGAAGAUAAAAUUUAGCCGGUGUAAGAAUAUAAUCGCGACCAUCUGCAUGAUAUUUCUCUGGUUUCCGAUUAUUUUCCCCCUGGAUGAAGUCUUUAAAACAAACCCAGUUGUGGUGGGUGUCUGGCGUGGUCUGAAGAGAUGGUGGUGGAAUGUCGGAGUUGCCUGGAUCAUCUAUGCAUGCAGUACUGGCAAUGGAGGUUGGAUGACAGCCUUGCUUUCCUGGCGAGCGCUGAUUCCACUCAGCAGACUGACCUUCUGUGCCUAUCUCAUCCACCCUGUCAUCAUGUUCGUCUACCAGUACGGACGCAGGACACUUUUUCAUGCUACAGAAUUCUCAAUCUACUACCUAAUGAUAGGCCACAUCGUGGUGACGUACAUCCUCUCUUUCCCUGUGUACUUGGCAUUCGAGGCGCCAAUCAUCGGCAUAGACAAGGCAUUCAAGGCAGGCGGCUGCACGUGGUGGAGACGAAGGAAGGCCAGCCAGCGCCAAGGGGGAGAUGGCAAUGGACAAGGGAAUUCGGAGGAGAACCACAAAGAUUAGAAAAGUGUCGAUAAGGGUGACAGUCAGUGCGGCACUUCAAGCCAUGAACUUCCGCAUGCAUGUACUUUAUUAUACAGAAUAUCUAUUACUAUCUAUUACUCUGAAACUAAUGAUCGGAUUGCAACCAAAUUUCAUGUGAUUAUGUAUCUAUGUACAAAUCCCCAAUUUUCAUUCUAAUCCGAUGACAAAUCGCCAUCUUGAAAAUUCAGCGAAGUCCUAUAUUACUCCUAAACUGUUGAACAGAUGUCAAUGAAUUUCCAUGUGACAUGUACAUGUACAUUCUACAAUACAAUUACCCUGAAUUUCAUAAACAAUAUGGCCGUCAGGUGGUGGCCAUCUUUCAAGAAAAUCUUAUUAUGCCUAAAUUAAUGAUUGACAAUGUGUCUAUUUUACUCUCUACGAUUAUCCCUGAAAUUCAGUCAACUUGCUAUACGUUGUCGUCGGCGUAUGUUAGCGCGGCAUGUAUGUUGGCGUAUGCUAGCGUGGCACCAUCAACCAAUAUUGCCGCCAGGUGGCCAUCUUGAAAAUUAAACAAAGUCUUAUUACUCCGAUACUGAUGAUCUGAUUGCAACCAAAUUUCAUUUGAUUAUGUAUCUAUGUACUCUCAACAAUAUCCCUAAUUUUCAGUCUUAAUCCGAUGACGACCGCCAGGCCGCCAGCUUGAAAAUUAAACAAAGUCCUAUUACUCUAAACUGAUGAUCAGAUUGCAACCAAAUUUCAUGUGACUAUAUAUAUAUGUUUUCACCACAAAACCUUUGAUUUCCAGUCAAGUCCGAUAACCAACACGGCCACCAGAGGGCCAUCUUGAAAUUAAACAAAGUCCUUAUACUCUGAAACUAAUGAUCGGAUUGCAACCAAAUUUAAGGUGAUUAUGUAUCUAUGUACUCUCGACAAUAUCACAAAUUUUCAGUCGAAUCCGUAAACCAAUAUGGCCGCCAGGCGGCCAUCUUGAAAAUUAAUAGCCCUGCCCAGGCUGAUAUUUGAAUUCUCCAUUAAACCUGCACUACCUUACCACUCCCUCUAAGAUCGCAAAAUUGACAUCAAUGACCAAGACUGUUCUCCCCAUAUCGACUGCAAUUGACAUGCAUUGUCUUAAACUGCAGCUAUUGAACUAUCUUCAGUUUAAUUGGAGAAAUAAGACUAGAUUUUCACGAAUAGUUGAAAAAAUGAAAAACUAGCAAAAAAUUGUGAAAAAUUGUGAAAAGUACAUUAUUGGUGUGAUAAAUCUAAUCGCAUGGAAUACCUUAAUUUCCACUUUUAAGGUUUAACCCUUACCGAUUUACAGUUUUCCGAGAAAAACUGACUUUGUAAUGGCCAGGGCGUGCCAGUAAAGGUUAAUCUCAUGUACCUACGUACGUCAGAUAUCGGGGUGGAACCUGAUCACAGUUCCCCCAUACUUCUUUAUCACAUGAGAAGGAAUCCUCACUUUAUCACAACUCAUUUUGAGAUGAAUUUUGUUUCAUAGCUGUACCAAUGUCUCCAUCCAGACCCCAGAGCUAGAUUUGCGCUAAUGUCCCUGAGUUCUCUCGAUCUCCUUACUGCUUAUUUCUCAACUAAUCAUGAUGAAAGGUUCAUGUUGGUUUUUUAUGUGUUGAUCAACUCCUGUGCCAAGUAUGAUUGCAAAAAUCCAGUCAAAUAUUUGAUCUAUCCAGGUGAUCUCCCAAAUGACCAUUCAUUAUCUUUAUCGUUUCUGCAUUAUCUUUAGGCGCUCGAUCAGAGUUAAAUAAUAUGGUAUCUUUUUGCGAGACGUUUUGUCCUCAUCGUUUGUGGCUCUGGAACGCAAAUUAAUGAUCGAAUUUUUUUACUUUUAAUUUUUAUCGAAUCUUGUUUCGAGAACAAAUUCAAUGGGAUAUUCUCAUUUUAGUGACAACCAUUUUUUUACGUAUGUUUGUACAUUAAGGUAUUUUGUACAUUGAGUUCCGUCCGAGGUUCUCGAUAGAACCAGAGUCUUUCAAAUAAAGAGUCAGGCAACUAGGAAACAUAUGGUUUCAACAUCAAAGCCACCGACCAUUCCGAAAGACGCGCGUUGGGACAGAACUCUCACGUGGUACACCCAAGCCAAUUCCGCACAACUGGACUUUGAACAAUUCUUCGAUCAGCUGAACUUGGCCGUUACAAACACAGCCCGUUUUAAAGCAAACGCCUGCUUUAAAGUCACUGAUCUCUAUUAAACUAUUUAGAAAUAAUGUCAAAGAUAACAUUUAUAUGAAAAGCGAUAUGUUUCGCAUUAUGCUUUUCGACAGUUCUGAGGAGAAGUGAUGGCACGGGUUCUUUGUUGUCAUCUAGUGGAAUAAUAUUAUUAAUUUUGACCGCCUACAACUAGUUUUAUAGCAGGUUUAAAUUCGCGUUCGCGGUAAAAAAGAAAAAAGCAUGAAAAAAUGCAAAACGUCUCGUUUUUUGUGGUAAGAUGUUCACAUGUUUAGAAAUCCCAUAUCAUGUCUAUCAGAGUUUUUCUGAUUUAAUGUAACUGUCAUUUAAUGAGAUAUUUGAUAGUUCUGUGAUUUUGAAGCCCAGUUUCAAGUUUGUUUAGAUUAGAAAACGGUUCGUUUCCCAUCGAUGAGCUUGUUUUGGUACACAGAUAAGCGCAAAGUUGUGUAAGGUAUACCGUUCCCAUAUUGUUUAACACGCAAUUUGACUUAAACCUUACAAACAUUUAUGAUGUGUACAGCAAUAGAGCCACCUCAUAAGAAACAAUUUACAGUACAUGUAUAUGUUACCAUUAAUUACAACCUAGUUAUGGAUUUUUUUAUAACAAAUUGCAAAGAGAUGUGAGUGCAUGCAGCUUAAUUCUGGUUUUAUUAUUGUUUUGUUUGGCAAUUAGUAGCUAAUCAACACAUCUGCCUAAAUUCUUUAUAUAUCGUUCUUAUCAAUAUAAUUCAUAUUGUAUGUCUUUGUAACCCGAUAAAUCAUAUGUGUACCUCAUGUAAAAAUCUUUCAUUGAAUAUUGGUCGUUCCAACAUUGUUUUGCACCUCGGUUCAGUUUGUAGCUGAAUUAAAAGGGCUUCAUUAUGGUUCCAUGCAGUUGUCUUAACACAUGGUUCAUUGUCAACGGUUCAUAAAUUUAAGAGUGUUAUGUUAAAACUGGGAGGGUUACUUUCAAGCGGUUAUGGUGGCACAGGAUGGUGCUCCAGCACUUCGCCUUCGCGCAGUUCAUGAAACCUUGACGGCCACUGCUUUGUUCGGAGAACGAGUAAUCGCGCUGAACCGCCGAGUGGAGUGGCCACCAAGGUCACCAGAUUUGACUCCCUGUGAUUUUUUUCUUUGGGGGUACCUAAAGAACAAGAUUAUGAGACUAGCAGAAGUGAGAUCUCGCAUAAUUCGGGAGGUCAAUGAGUUGAGGGACAAUCCAGGAUGGUGACAUGGGCUGUUCAGGAUAUGUGUCGACGUAGUCAAAUGCAUCCAACGAGUGUUGUGUUGUUGAUCAUUAAUCAUGCUUUGAUUCUCAGCCACGUAAUGUGGCUUAAUGUCAAGCUUGAAUUUCCCUACUUGGAACAAGGUGAUUUCUGCAUGUCUUUUUCAAGACCAUGGUGCUUAGUCAUGCAUUACAGGUUGAACGUCGCAAUGGUGUCAACACAAAGCUCAUAGCUUCUACUUUACUGUGCUGCAAUGAGAGAAGUUGAAGAAAGCAUGGUUUAAAAAUAUUAACCCAUUUUGCUAGGAUUUUUUAUGAGACACCCUGUAUUAAACAUUUUCCCUAUUGUGGAGUGAAACUGAACCUGUGGUUUCUCAGUUCUAAAAUCGCGACAGCAUUCUAGCCAACUCCUAGCAAGCAACUACAAUGUUGUUAGAAUGAUUCAUAAAAUCGUUUUAUGGAAUGUAAUUUAGUUGAUUUCUGACAAGUACCCAACUAGGCAUUUUGAAUCGUAAUUGCGAUGUAAGGAUAUGUUAAGUGUACUUCUUCUGCUGCACUUGUUCAACUCUGCAACAUACUUUCAGAGUCAUAUUUUGCAAGUAGAUUUGAGUAUUGUGUACAAUCCUAGAAGUUUAAUACAAAAACAACUGUUCAUGGUAUUCAACAUACAUGUAGGCAUUGGUAUGUAUUAUGCAUGUAAAUACUGUAAAUCAUACAGUUCAGUACAUCUGCCAUCAACAUUUCUUGAAUUUAUCGAAGGUUUUAUUCUUAUGCUUUUCAAGUAACGCCCAUUUUUGUAAAAGUCUACCCUGCUUGAACAUGGAGUGGGCCAACCCAGAUGCAUCCAUGUGUGAAUUUUUUCUUCUACACAUGGCCAACCCUGCGUUGCCUUUUCCGAGCCAGGAUAUUCCUAAUGUGUUCGUCAAAGUAGACACCAAUAACAACCGCGCGGCCAACGACCGGGAAAAAACAUAACUUAGAAUGCUGCCUUCUAAGAAAAUAUUAUGUGGCAUGGAAGGUCCCAAGGAGAGGAGCUAAUUAGUAUUCACACCUUGGGUCAGUCUCAUCGCAACACAUCUCAUUUACCAUUCAACGAAGGCCUUUGAUCUAGUUUGGGAAGCCCUAUCAUUUUACACAGGUUUUCUGAAAAUCCGACCUCUUAGACAAAGUCGGACCAUGGUAAAAGUCAAAAAUACCUGCGAGGGUGAAAUAUUACUUUGAUAAUUCUUCUGGCGUGACAUUGCCCUUAUUUAUACAUGUACUUUGCCUGCUCCUUGGUUCGAUUGUUAGAAAGCAUGUAGCUCAUAACAUCAUGCUGACAUGUUGUUACAUGUCCAGUGAUGUACAUGAAACAACAUGUCAACAUGAUGUUAUAAGCUAACAUGCUUUCUAACAACCGGGCCCAGGACUGUCUCCUUGUGACUUUGCCUAGGCAUAUUCUUUCAGUUUGAAGAUCAAUGAUGGCAUUCUUAGGGUCCUCACGGUCUAAGGUAGGGGGUCCCAGGGGUCUGGCUGGACCGACUCGAUUUCUGACCUACACCUGCUUGCUUAUUUCUCCAUGCCAAGGUUUUUUUUAUCAGAUUUCUGCCUAAUAUAUCAUGUUCUUAUGUUAGGUGAAGUCAUUUAUGAAUGAAAUAUACAUAAAUAACUCACUGGGGCCAACAUUUGAGUAAAAUUUGAAAUAGAAAGUUUGAUGAUGAGCGUUUGAAGCGAGACCGCUUGACGGUCAAGAAAUGUGGAGAAAAAUUGUAUUUUUUUCCAAUGAACACCAAACAUUUUUAUUUCUUAAUAUUUUCGAUGAAAAUGCUUCAAAUAAAAAUGCUUUAAAAUAGGUGUAUGUUCAUAAAAAGACUCAAACCUUGAAACUAUCAGCUGUAGACCAUUUAAAAAGACGAAGGGGGGGGGGGUGUACGAAGCCAGCGAAUGAUGGAAAUGAUAUUGAGAAUAUGUGCAUGCAUAUCACUUCAUUUUAUUUAGGAAAUGAUACACUUUUUAAUACAUUUUGAAGAUGAGAAAAAAGAUGUUUUGGGUGCGUACGCACGCAAGCCUUAGAACCCCCU